UCGGCCUUGAUUCGGGGCACAGCCGGACUUCCUUCGCCCCGGGAGACUCUCGCUUUCCCUCCCCUCCCCUCCCCUCCCGGGAGACUUCCCGGCUUCCAGGGCUUCUCCUUGCCUACUCGCGAGCAGACAUGUUUUCCAGCCAGUCCGGGCCUGGGAGCAGGGCGCCGGCGUCGCCUCCACUUUCCCCGCACUCUCCAUCAAGACGGCGCCCUUUGAGCCUGGAGUGAUGCGGGCGUCGGAAAAGGUCGCCGGGCGAAAGCAGCGAAGCGGGAUCGCCGCGUGUCCCCCACUCCUUCUACUCCUCCUCCUCCUCCUCCUCCCGAUCGUGCCCGGGUUAGAGCGAUCGAGUCCCGCCGGGAUGUUUUCUCCUCUGACAAGCGUGUUGGGAUUGUGGCGGACGAGACACUACUAGAGCCAAGUGGAGAGGCGCCCCCCCACUCCACCCCGUAGCUCGGAAAGGACAGCGUCGCGUCUGAAGGCGGCUUUUCCUCGGCCGCUUCGAAGUGCUGAGGGAAGAAGUGGAGUCCGCUGCCUCGGUCGCUUCCCCACCCACGUCCUGCGCCUCCUUUGCCCCGCGGCCGGGACGCCCGAUCCUCUCCCGCUGUCGGACCAGAGCCCCGGGCCGGGGGGAGGCGGGGCCGGAGAGUCGAGGGGAUCGCGGGACGCCGCUCGCUCGGCCAGGCAACUUCGAUGUGGAGGCUGGCUCGAUGGACGUGCCCGAGUGCGUUGCUGCUGCUGCUGCUUAGGCGAUCGGCGGCAUCCUAAAAGGUUGAUGACCAUGGUGGCCAGGACCUGCUCUCUAUUAGUGCUGCUGCUUUAUCACACACUGCUAGGGGGCUCUGCCAGUCUCAUCCCGGAGGUGGGCGACCGGCGAAGAUUCAGUGCUGAUUUGGGCCAGCCGGCUCCGCUGCAGCUCUCAGAAGAAAUCCUGCGUGAAUUUGAACUGCGUCUGCUCAAUAUGUUUGGGCUUAAGCGGCGGCCCACCCCAUCCCAGAAUGCUAUCAUCCCUUCCUAUAUGUUGGAGCUCUACCAUCUGCACACAAGUCAGAAGCCAACUUCCAUGGACUAUAGUCUAGAGAAAGCAAGCAGCAGAGCCAAUACUGUCAGGAGCUUUUAUCACGAAGAAACCCUGGAAGAGCUUCCAGAAAGAAGCGGGAAGACGUCUCGGCGUUUCUUCUUUAACUUAACAUCUGUCCCUGAUGGGGAGAUUAUCACGUCAGCUGAACUCCAGGUUUUUCGAGAGCACAUCCAAGAUGCCGCUGAAAAUGACGGCGGCUCUCAUCACCGCAUUAAUAUUUAUGAAAUUCUCAAACCGGAACGAGAGGCUACCAAGGACCCUGUCAUGAGCCUCCUGGACACCCGCUUGGUGCAUCACAACGCCAGCAAAUGGGAAACGUUUGAUGUCACGCCAGCUGUAAUGAGAUGGAUUGCACAUGGGCAACCUAACCUUGGUUUUGUGGCAGAAGUGGUACAUUUGAACAAUGCCAGCAACAUUUCCAAGAGACAUGUCAGGAUCAGUAGGUCAUUGCAUCAAGAUGAUGCUGGCUGGUCUCGGAUUAGACCCUUACUGGUCACUUUUGGGCAUGACGGCAUGGGCCACCCACUCCAUAAGAGAGAGAAACGUCAGACCAAACAUAGACCACGCAAACGCCAUAAAUCCAAUUGUAGAAGGCAUCCUUUAUACGUGGAUUUCAAUGAUGUGGGGUGGAAUGACUGGAUCGUGGCCCCUCCAGGUUACAGUGCCUUCUAUUGCCAUGGAGACUGUCCCUUCCCAUUGGCAGAUCAUCUGAAUUCCACCAACCAUGCCAUUGUUCAGACGCUGGUCAAUUCUGUGAACUCCAAAAUUCCCAAAGCUUGCUGCGUGCCGACAGAACUAAGUCCCAUUUCGAUGCUUUAUCUUGACGAGAAUGAAAAGGUGGUACUAAAGAACUAUCAGGACAUGGUUGUGGAAGGGUGUGGGUGCCGCUGAGGCAGCAGCAAAAUGAAAGGGACAAAUGGAACAGGAAAAAAAUAACACACACACACACACACACACACACACACAACUUGACACUUUAAUAUUUCCCAAUGAAGACCUUAUUUAUGUUAUGAUAUGGAGAAUUAAACACAUCUAUUUUGAAAAUCUAUUUAUGUCUACAGAAAAAAAAAGUGAGGAAAGAUAUUUUAAUCAGAGAGUUAUUCCUUUUAAAGAUUUUAAAACAUAUUUUAGUUGUACAUUUUAUAUGGGUUUAACCCUUCCCCCCCUUCCCACAGCACAUGAAGUAUAAAGGUCAGAUUCUUAUUUUGUAUUUAUUUACUAUUAUAACCACUUUUUAGAAGAAUAGCUAAUUUGUAUUUAUAUGUGUAAUCCAAAACCAGCAGCAGAAGAAAAAAAAACACAAUAUAUAGGGUUUUGUACAUAAUUUAAAGUGAAUGGUAGCUGUUUUCAGUUGUGUGUAUUUAAGUUGAGAUGCAGAAGGGCUGUUAUGGCAAAGAUGCAUAUAUCCCAUUUUGCUUUUUUUGCAGUUCUACUGUUAAGGUCACAAGUGUAAACCCAAUGAAAAAGGGCUAAUCCACACCCUGCUGACUCAAGAUUAUAUUGUACAAUUCUCAGGAAUGCUGCAGGGUGGGCUGUCCACGCCGUGAGAAACUACCAUGCUCUCAUAGAACCAGGCUUUGCCCAGCAAAUGGAAGAAGGACGACUGUCCCUUCACGAAGCCCCAGCGGGGCUGCUAGGAAACAUCUCUGUCCCCUUCGCUUCUUCUCAGCACCUACCGAAAAGCAAAAUGUUGACGCUGUCCUUUGGAAUCCAUUGUCCCAGCCAAAUACUUAAUAAAAGACCAGAUUUC